AUGGCUGUCACACAGCGAAACGGCGGCUCCUCCGCUCCUGCUAUCAAUACAACGACAAAAGAAAAGCAACAGCCAACGGUUUCUGCCACCACUUAUCGCGAUGGCUCAUCUGACGAGUUCGACUUUGGUGGUUCCUUUGGGACUUUGGGGCUUAUGAUCGGCUUUCCGCUGUUGAUGUGGUACAUGUGGAUCGGCGCCACAUACUACGAUGGCCAGAUUCCCCUCCCAGAAAACAACCAGUCCUGGUCCGAUUUUAUUCAUCACCUAGCCCACCUUGUUUAUGAAGGAGCUUAUCCAACCACAAAGGCCUGGAUAGCUUACUGGGUCUUCUUCAUUGGCGAGGCUCUGAUGUACUGCUACAUGCCUGGCGUGCUCAGUUACGGCAGGCCGCUGCGCCAUGAGGGAGGCAAGAGACUUCCGUAUUACUGCUCUGCUUACACCAGCUUCUACGCAACCAUCGUCAUUGCCGGUACACUUCAUAUCACUAAGGUCUUCCCCUUAUAUACGAUCAUUGAUGACUUCGGCUCUAUCAUGACUGUUGCCAUCUUGUCCGGCUUCAUCAACAGUUUCGUCGUUUAUGUUCAGGCCAUCAUUCGAGGAAGGACUCACAGAUUGACGGGGUUCCCUAUUUACGACUUCUUCAUGGGAGCUGAGCUGAACCCGCGAAUCGGUAUCUUAGACUUCAAGAUGUUUUAUGAAGUCAGAAUUCCGUGGUUCAUUCUGUUUCUCACAACUAGCUCAGUUGCAGCCCGCCAGUAUGAGACCUAUGGCUAUGUCUCGAAAGAAGUCGUUUUCCUCACUGCUGCUCACUAUCUCUAUGCCAAUGCUUGCGCGAAGGCGGAGCAGAUGAUCAUUUGCAGUUGGGACAUGUACUUCGAGAAAUUGGGCUUUCUUCUUACAUUCUGGAAUAUGGCCGGCGUUCCUUUCUCGUAUUGCCACUGCGCCAUCUACCUGGCCAACCAUGAUCCGUCUGAUUACAAGUGGAACCCCUACGCCCUGGCAGCUCUUAGCAUCGCCUACCUCUUCUUUUAUUGGAUGUGGGAUAGUGCGAAUGGCCAGAAGAACGCCUUCCGCCAUACAGAAAGAGGCCAGCUUGUGAAGCGAAAAACCUUCCCUCAAGUUCCAUGGCAAGCUGUCGAGAACCCCAAAGUCAUCGAGACCGAUGUGGGCGACCGUAUCAUGGUUGAUGGCUGGUUCGCUAUCAUCAGAAAGCCUAACUACGUUCCUGACAUGUUUUUCUCGUUCUCUUGGGGACUCAUCACUGGAUUCAAGAGUUUCUUUCCCUGGUUUUACUUCGUCUUUUUCAUGGUUAUGAUCACCCAUCGCACCAAGCGCGAUGUUGGAAGAUGUCGCAGGAAGUAUGGAGAGGCGUGGAAGCGUUAUGAAGAGGAGGUCCCGUACCUGUUCAUCCCCUACCUCAUUUGA